GACCCGGGGGCCUGCGACCGGCGCGCGCCACACCCCUCGCGAGUAGUGCCCCGGCGGCGCCGCCGCCCGCUCACCUGCGCUCGCUGCUCGCCCUCGGUGCGCGCGACGAUGAACUCGCUCUUCAGGAAGAGAAACAAAGGCAAAUACAGCCCCAAGGUGCAGACCCGGAGCAUCUCUAACAAGGAGCUGAUCGAGCAGCUGCAGAAGAAUGCUGACCAGGUGGAGAGGAACAUUGUGGACAUGGAGGCCAAGGUGCAGAGCGACCUGGCCCGGCUGCAGGAGGGCCAGCAGCUCGCGCACCGGGACAUGACCCUGCAGAAGGUGUCGGACUCUGAGAAGCUGCUGUAUUUGCUGGAGGCAGACUCGGCCAUCGCCAAGCAGAUGAGGCAUCCCCAGGGGGACAUGAUCGCUGAAGACAUCCGGCAGCUGAAGGAGCAUGUGACCAACCUCCGCAGGAAACACAAGCAGAUCUACAGCCUGGCCGUGAAGGAGGUGGAUCUGCAGGUCAACUGGGCGGCGCUCGUGGAGGAAAAGCUGGAUAAGCUGAGCAGCCAGAGCUUCGGGAUGGACCUGCUGCUGGUGGACCAGCAGGUGGAGAAGCACAAUAUCUUCCACGAGGUCAAGGCCAUUGGGCCUCACCUGGCCAAGGAUAGGGGCAAGGAGCAGAACAGUGACCUCCAGGCCAAGUACCAGAAACUGCUGGCAGCGUCCAAGGCUUGGCAGCGGCACCUGAGCUCACUGCAGGACUACAUGCAGCGCUGCACCAAUGAGCUGUACUGGCUGGACCAGCAGGCACACGACCGCAUGCAGUACGACUGGAGUGACCGCAAUCUGGACUACCCCAGCUGCCCGCGUCAGUACGAGAAUUUCUUCAACUGGAACCUGAAGGUCAAAGAGGAGAGAAUCAAUAAGCUGCACAGCAAGGGUGUGGCCACCGAGCACCCCGGGAGGAACUCCAUUGAGGCGCACAUGGAGGCUGUGCACGCAGACUGGAAGGAGUACCUGAACCUGCUCAUCUGCAAGGAGAGCCACCUGAAGCACAUGGAGGACUACCACCAGUUCCACAAAGACAUGAAGGAUGCUCGGGAGCUGUUGUGCAACGUGGACUCAGACCUGGACCAGAAGUACAGCCCGGACUUCAAGGACCGAUUCCAGAUUGAGCUGCUGCUACAGGAGCUGAGUGACCAGGAGGCGGCUCUGGACAAAUACGAGCAUGUGGUGCGGGACCUGCAGAAGGGAGGGCAGCAGGUGGUGCCCCUCAGGUACUGCCGGGAGACGCCGCUUCAGCCCAUCCCUGUGGAGGCGCUCUGCGACUUUGAGGGCGACCAGGGCCCGAUCUCCCGGGGCUGCAGCUCCACCUUGCAGAGCAACAAUGGGGAGAGCUGGGACCUCACCGACAGCACGGGGAACAAGCUGAGCGUCCCUGCCGUCUGCUUCGCCAUCCUCCCCACCGACCCCGAGGCCCUGUCUCUGGCCGACAGCCUGGACAGCCGGUUCUGGAGCGUGCAGCAGAAGGCAGCGGGCAGCAGAGGUGCCCUCCAGCAGCGCUACGAGGUGCUGAAAGCAGAGAACCCCGGAGAUGCUUUUGACUUGCAGGGGUGGCAGCUGCUAGCUGGCCUGGACAAGGUGGCCAGCAACCUGGACCAGCAGGAGACGGCCGUCACGGGGAUCCUGCGGCCACCACUGGAGCAGGACCGUGCGGUGCAGGACAGCGCCGAGUGGGCCGAGGACCUCAAGGUACAGCCGGAAACUUCCUGUGCCCUGCUAGCAUGUUGUCCUUCAAUGCCUUCAAGACUGUGAUGGACAUUGACGCCUUGGGACUCGGGUGCUUUGCGAAAGGUUCUUCUGGGACCACGGAGGGGUGAUCGUGAACAUCACCGCGACCAUGGGUACCCGGGGGCAGGUGCUCCAAGCGCACACACGCUCUGCCAAGGCGGCCGUGGGUACAGGCAACCCCCUGGUGUGCUG